AUGCCCCAUAGAUUCAGUUGUAAGGUUAAAGAACAUCAAGUAUUCUCGAAUUUUUUGGAGUGCUCAAGUGAUGAUGUUAAAGCAGUUAUUUUGAAAGCCCCUCCGACAACAUGUAUGCUAGAUCCCAUCCCGACGAGUCUUUUCAAUAAACACAUUGAACUGAUUUUGCCGUACUUGACGGAUUUGAUCAAUAUGUGUUUGAAAACUGGAAGUUAUCCAAUGAUUUUUAAAAAAGCAAUUGUUUCACCUCUAUUGAAGCAACCAUCGUCCGAUACAAAUGAGUUGAAGAGUUUUCGUCCUGUGUCAAAUUUGUCGUUUAUAGCAAAGAUUGUUGAAAGGGUGCGCUCCUCAAUGAAUUUUGAAAACAGAUGGGUCUUGAGAUCCGCUCUGAACUUCGCAAGUGAUAGAGAAGUAGUCAGAGAAGUAGCCAGUGUAAGAGAACAAGAUAUGGAGAUAUAUGAGAAAAGAAAGGGGCACGAGCAACUAGACGAGCAGAGUUAA